GAGUACCUAUAAGGUCCGUAGAUGAAAUUAUACUUUAUACUGCUUUAUACCCUGUAACUCGCAGUUCCUUCUGGUUCCUUCUCAGCCUCAGGUUAUAUUUUUUGCGCUAGUUAUCUUACAUUUUAGAAUUUAUAUGAAAUGUUCUAAUGUUAAUGACAAUAUAAUGGAAGAAAAUAUAAUGACAAUGCCGGAACAAGAACGGUUAAGUUAUGAAAAUAAAGUUAUAUUGGCACCUAUGGUGCGAAUCGGCACACUUCCUAUGCGCCUUCUUGCGCUCGAUUAUGGUGCUGAUAUAGUAUACACGGAGGAACUCAUAGAUUGGAAAUUACUACGAUCAUUUCGUCGUGUAAAUGAUGUUCUGGGAACAGUUGAUUACAUAGACAAAACAGAUGGUACCGUGACUUUUCGGACCUGUCUCAGAGAAAGAAAUAAAGUGGUCCUUCAAAUUGGAACUUGUGAUGCUGCUAGAGCUCUGAAAGUAGCCAAAAUGGUAGAACAAGAUGUUGCUGGAAUAGACCUCAAUAUGGGAUGCCCAAAAUUGUUUUCUAUGUUGGGGAAAAUGGGUGCCGCUCUUCUUCAGGAACCAGAAAUGGCAACCAAAAUUUUGAAAACAUUAGUUGAUAAUCUAAGCAUUCCAGUAACAUGUAAGAUUCGUAUACUGCAGGAUGUAGAAAAAACUCUGGAACUCUGUGAGCUUCUAGCAUCUACUGGUAUAUCAGCUAUAGCAGUUCAUGGUAGGACUGUUAAUGAAAGACCACAACAUGCUAACCGUAAUGAAGUUCUGAAAGCAAUUUCCAGUAAACUUUUAAUACCAGUUAUAGCAAAUGGAGGCUCAAAAGAUGUACAAAAAUAUUCUGAUAUAUCAAAAUUUAAGGAAGUCACAGGGUGCAGCAGUGUCAUGCUUGCACGUGCAGCCCAAUGGAACUGUUCUAUAUUUUGUAAAGAUGGUUUACUUCCUAUGGAAGAUGUGAUAAAGGCAUAUAUAAAGAUUGCUGUAGAUUGUGAUAAUUCACCUUCCAAUACGAAAUAUUGUAUACAAAAUAUCCUUCUUGAACAACAAGAGUCAGCGCUAGGUAAAAGAUUCCUGAAUUCCCAAACUUUAGAACAGAUAUGUGCUGUUUGGGAAUUGAGUGAUUACUGUUGUUCAAAGAGAAAAGAAUUUGAGGAGAAAGGUUUACAAGGCAGAUCUCAAGUGUCGCCUAUGAAGGAGGAUGAAGUACAGAAUGAGGAUCAAGUGUCCAAUAAAAGGAAAUUUUCAGGAGAAGAAGAUGUAGUUCUUAUGCAUUGUGCAUUCUUAAGAAAUAACUACCUGACAGAUCUUGAAUUACCCUUCCGAUCCGUCGUUACAGUUGACGGAAGAAAGUUUGGGUCAUCCUUCUGGGAAAAAAACAAGAAAUGGGCGGAACAAGGAGCUGCGUUAGUUUGCCUGUAUUCGUUAGGUCUACUCAGUGAAAAAGCUCUGGUUACUACGGGAAAUGUAAUUUCCUGAUGUCCAAUAGUUGAAAGUUACAGAGAAUUAAUUAAAACUUGAAAAUA